CUUCUGCUCUGCGUAUUAUCAUAGCCAUCCUGCCGCCGCCGCCGCCGCCGCCCGGCCGGAGGCCAUUACUCAACUCAACCAAUGUUUUUCCCGCCCUACCAGCGCCCAUGCUCCGCCGCUUUCCAGUUCUUAAUCUUUCUAAUCUUCGCCUUGACGGUGAUAGCCGGCCUCGCAGCCUUCAUUAUCUAUCUUAUUCAGCCUCACCCGCCGGAGUUUCAAAUCGACGCCGUCUCCGUCUCCCCAUUCGCCAUCUCCAAAGCUAAAAUAAACGCAGUGUGGCGCAUCAACUUCCAUCUUAGAAACCCUAAUUACAGAACCACAAUCACGUGCGAAGAGGUGGAGAUUUUUGCGUGCUAUAAAGGCGUGCUUUUGGCUUCAGCAACCAUGGCUUCUCUUCACCUGCCCACUGAUUUCCAUGGUUUAUUGACAGUGAUCAUUCCUGCGCCUCGUCCGUUAAUUGCAAAUGAUGUUGCGAACGUCAUUUUCAUGGACUGGGAGCGAGGCGCUGUGGCCUUCAGCUUUAAGGUGCGUUCAAAGAUUAGCUUCGAUCCUUCGACGUUGAUUGAGAAGAAACGGUGGAUGACAGUCGCCUGUGAUAAUGCGACGAUCGUUUCCAAUCUAACGGGUGGAUGGAUGAUGGAAGGACUGCCAUUCUGCCGGCUUAAUCUAUCAAGGGAUAAAGAAUCUUGAAGAAUACAAGAGAAGAAAGGAUUGAAACUGUUGUCCGAAGGCCAAAUUGAAUUCCAUUUAUCAGCUGACCCUCGCGUUAAUGUUAUUCCUCUUCUACUCCUUAAUUUUUUAUUUAAUUUUCUA